AUGGGCAGGUCUGAGUCCGCACUGCCAGAUAUCAAGGAGCGACGCGCUCUAACUCCCCCGCUAGCGCCACCGCCACGGAUCACGAGGGAGUACAGUCGAAAGGAAAUGACCUACCUCCAACAGGCUUCGCCGCUCUUCAAGCCACCGCAAGAGCUCCGUCAGGAGAUCUACCGAUACGUCCUACUCACGCCGGGAGUAUACGUGAUCUGCGAUCUUGUCACACCUUGUUCCAACUAUUACAGCAUUUGGUUACUGAGUGAUGCAAAGAAAGAUAAGAAGACUGAAUUAUUUCUCGACUUUCUACCAACCAGGGACGACCCCACUAUUCUUGGGUUAUUGCUAAGCUGUCGAAGAGUCUACGCCGAGGCAAGGGACAUUUUUUACGGGGAAACUAAAUGGCAUUUUCCCCUGGACAAGGGCCUCUUCCAGCUCAUUGAACGCCUUCCUCCAGCCCGCCUGAACACAAUUCGAGACAUCGCGCUAGAAGCUCGAAACGUAAGAGGCAAGGGCGGAGAUGAUGACCUCUCUAUUUGGAAGGAAAUGGUCAAAGCAGCAACCAGCUUGAAGGGCCUCCGUACAGUUACCGUGUACAUCCCACCGUCGGAAACCAAGACGAACACGCAAAUGGUAGAGGUAGCCCGAGAAGCCAAUUUCCCGGCUUUAGAAAUUUUCCGCGCGGAUGUUUAUCUGUAUUGCAUUUCAUUGUGA